AUUAAGUUUACUCCAUUCCUGAAAUGAAAAUUGCAUACAAAAAGUAGCAUUGUUUUUUAACAUUUGUCUGUCCAUAGUAAAUGUGAACCAAAAUAUAACCACAUUCGUACAACUAUUGGUUAAUAGACAUCUGGUUGUAGGUAUUACAACGUGCAACUGAAUAUGUCAUCAUGUCGCUCUCCUACGUUGGAGGUCAGAAGAAAUAGACCCAUCUGAAACCACGUUACAUCAGGAAAAAGAAGACAUUUAACAACACACAUCUGGAAAUCGGAAAUCAUGCCGACGAUUGCUGUAAAUCGUGAUGAGCUGUUCAGGUUGCUCGGGAAGGAGUACACGGACGAGGAGUUCGAUGAGCUGUGUUUCGAGUUUGGCUUGGAGCUUGAUGAAGUGACCUCUGAAAAAGAGCAAGUUGCCAAAGAACAGGGCAGUGACAAGGCUUGUGGAGUGUCAGAUGCAGUGGUAUACAAGAUUGAUAUACCAGCCAACAGAUAUGAUCUUCUCUGUGUGGAGGGUUUGGUCAGAGGGCUCCUCGUUUUCAAAGAAAAAAUUUCACCCCCUCGAUAUAAGCUAGUCCCCCCUGUUGGUGGAACUCCUCAAGUUUUAAAUGUUCAACCAGCGACUGCACUGGUUCGCCCAUUUGUUGUUGGUGCUGUUCUCAGAGAUAUUACAUUUACUCAGGAGAGUUACAAGAGCUUCAUUGAUCUCCAGGAUAAACUUCAUCAGAAUCUGUGCAGGAAAAGAAGUUUGGUUGCCAUAGGAACCCACGACCUUGACACUGUGCAGGGCCCAUUUAUUUAUGAUGCUAAAAUACCAACAGAGAUUAAAUUCCAGCCCCUGAACCAGACAAAAGAAUACACAGCAGCUGAGUUGAUGGAGCUUUAUCAGUCAGACAACCAUCUUAAGCACUACUUGCCAAUCAUAAAGGACAAGCCUGUGUAUCCUGUCAUCUUUGACAAAAAUGGAGUUGUCCUGUCCAUGCCCCCUAUUAUCAACGGAGAUCACACAAAGAUUACCCUUACUACGAAGAAUGUCAUCAUAGAAUGUACAGGAACAGAUCUGAACAAAGCCAAGAUCACCCUCGACACACUGGUAGUCAUGUUUAGCCAGUACUGCGCAAAACCCUUCACGGUGGAGGGCGUUGAGGUGGUAAUGCCAAAUGGGAAGAAGACUCUUUACCCUGAAUUGCCAUACAGAUUUGAAAUUCUGGAUGUAGACAACGUCAACAGGAAGAUAGGCAUAAAACAAGAUGCUGAUUCUAUCUCUCGUCUGCUGUCACGGAUGUGCCUGAUGUCCAAGCCCCAGGAGAAGGGAUCAAAGAUCAAAGUUGAGGUGCCGCCAUCAAGAGCUGACAUUCUACAUCCAUGCGACAUCAUAGAGGAUGUGGCCAUAGCUUACGGCUACAACAACGUCCCCUACACCAUUCCAAACACCAACUGUAUUGCUGCUCAGUUUCCAAUCAACAGCCUGACAGAUUUACUUAGGCAGGAAAUAGCUGCGGCUGGUUUCACAGAGGCUCUGACAUUUGCUUUGUGUUCUAGGGAAGACAUAGCUGACAAGUUACAGAAGGACAUCAAAGACACAGGAGCUGUACACAUUGCUAACCCUAAAACAGCUGAAUUUCAAGUGGCCAGGACAACAUUAUUGCCAGGUAUACUGAAAACCUUGUCCAGCAACAGGAAGAUGCCUCUUCCCCUGAAACUGUUUGAAAUCUCAGACGUAGUUCUUCAGGAUAAAUCAAAAGAUGUUGGAGCGCGAAAUGAGCGGCGUCUCUGUGCUGUGAACUACAACAAGACAUCAGGAUUUGAGGUGAUUCACGGACUGCUCGACCGAAUCCUACAGCUGCUUGAGGUUCCCUACACCAUUGAUAACAAAGGAUAUCACUUAGAGGCCUGUGAUGACCCUACCUUCUUCCCCGGAAGAUGUGCUGAGGUCAUCGCCAGGGGUCAACCAAUUGGCAAGAUUGGCAUAUUACACCCAGACGUUGUUACGAAAUUUGAGCUCAACAAACCAUGUGCUGCUUUAGAAAUCAAUGUGCAGGCUUUCUUAUGAAACCUGUGAAGAAUUGUAUAUAUGGUAGAAGUACUUAUUGUAUAUUUGUCUCAUUGAUGAUGUGACUGGCUGUAACUCACAUCAUUGCCAGGUUAACGGUGUUCACAAUUGCCUGUCCAGAUUGUGCAAUGUACCUGUAUGUUUGU